UAUAUUUAAUAUUUAACGACUUUUUGUUGGCCUACAAUUCAAAAAGCAAAAAGUUGUGAGGAAUGUUUUGUUGAAUUUAUACCUCUUAUUUCAGUUAUUAAACUUGGUGUUUGUAAGCUUGUAAAUAUGUCUGACCACCAGUUCAAGACUCCUCUCUCACAUAAUGGUGUUAGAUCAAACGAUUACUUCAACACCCCCAAAUUCUCCUCUGGAGACUCAGAUAGUGAGGGAAGCACUACAAGUGCCGCCUCUGGAACAUCAUCAACGAAUUCUGGAUCAUCGAGUGACUUAAGCUUAGUCGUACUGUUUGACGAUCUGAUUCGAUCACUAAAAUAUCGAAGAGAUAAAAAAACGGAAGAUGCAUUUUUAAAUUUCGCUGAAGAAGCUAAAAACCUUCUGAACAAGUAUAACGAGGCUUUGUGUGAAUGUGUCAAGCUUCAGGGAUUGCUUGACAAGAGGGUUCAGGAGAAUAGUGAAAUUGAAAUACGUUUGAACAGAGCCAGACAUAUAUUGGAUCAGGAGAAGAGAAAGACUCAGAAAGUUAUGAGGGAAAAGGAAAUAUUAGAGUCAAAUUUAGAGCAAGUCAAAGAGCUUUUGUUUCAUGAUGAUGGCAUUAAAAUAGGCCAAGAUACUAGAGAGAAAUUGUCAUUUUUACAAAAAUCAAAUCAUGAAACUAAUGGAUAUGGAGGAAGAAAUCUUUGUGCUAUAAAUGAAAAUAAUACGACAGGCUCGAUGUUGUCAGACUUUAGCGUGUCGCGUUCAGAAGACGAUCUGGAUGUAUCCAGAUACAACACCAAACAGGGAAGAGAGUGGAAGAAACACAGAGCCAGUACCGGAGUGGAUCCAGAACCGGCUCAGAAGAAAAGGAAAUCGUCUACUAGUAAAGUUAUAGAGAUCGGUCCUAGUGAUACUGUUCGCGCGACUACAACAGUCACAGUGAUAAAGAAAGGACCAAUAACAGCAUCUUCUACUAUUGAAACUAUUCCACAUCUAAACAACAAUCACAUAGGAUCACCGAUAGUUACACCAAAUGAUGAUGUAUGUUCUAAUAAUCCAAGUGCCCCACCACCGCAUUUAGUUUUCGAAUCUUGGGCGAGGAACGACACUCCUAGAAAACCUCCAAGGUCUAGCGCUCUGAAGAGUGACCAUAGACCUCACUUUUUGCAGCCCAAAACCAUCGUUGUGCCCGAUUCUUGCGUUUAUUGUCAGAAAAAGAUCAGAUUUGGCAAAACAGCCUUAAAAUGCAAGGAAUGCAAAUCUGUAUGCCACGUUGAAUGCAGAGAUAAUUUACCACUACCUUGCAUACCGGUGCUUAACACACCAAAUCACAAACAUAUUUUGGGAAUUAUAAGUGAUUAUACCCCCACAACUCCGCCUAUGGUUCCUGCUCUGAUAAUGCAUUGUAUCAACGAAAUCGAGCUCAGAGGCCUCAAUGAGUUAGGUUUAUACAGAAUUUCUGCAGCUGAAAAAGAUGUCAAAAUGCUCAAGGAGAAAUUCCUGAAGGGCCGUACCGCUCCGUCGAUCAACCAGCUUGACAUCCACGUGAUCUGCGGCUGCGUCAAAGACUUUUUGAGGGGUUUGACAGAGCCCAUCACUAGUUAUCAUCUGAGGAACGACUUUGUCCAAGCGGUGGAGGCUAGAGAUCGUCAAGAUAUGGUACCAGCACUGAAACAGUGCAUUUCGGAACUACCCAGGCCCAAUAGGGAUACUUUGGCAUAUCUGAUACUGCAUCUACAGAAGGUUGCCGAUUCGCCCGAUUGUAAGAUGCCCCUCGAAAAUUUAGCCCGGGUUUUCGGUCCCACUGUUGUCGGAUUUUCGUCGGAAGAUCCCGAACCAAACAAUCUCCUAACUGAAACUAGACAACAAAUCAUGGUUAUGGAACAGUUGAUUUCUCUACCAAACGAUUACUGGUCUUCGUUUCUCAAUGUAAAUCAAAAUUCUCAGCCAGUAUCCAGAGGAUUACAGCAAACACCAAGUACAGACUCUUUAUUGAAGCCAGAUGGACGGUUUUUUACGCCUAGAUCCAAAAGAGCAAAGAGACAAAGAGUAUUUGCCACACCCCCAGCUUACAAAACUUAAAUUUUUUAUACUUAUUGUAUAUCCUUACAAAUCAGGAAAAAAAUCAGAUUUUAAUCCUUAUUUCUAAUAAUUUUAUUGUUCGCAGUUAUUUCAUACUUACUUUUAUUUUUAGUUAUAGAUUUUUGCUUAUUUUUCUUUACUUAUAUGUUUUAUGUAUUACUUCUUUUGUACAUUAGAACGUUUUUAUGUGCACCUCAUAUAUUUGCCAUUUUUUUAAUAAAGUAUUAGAGUUGCGUCCCUUAA